UUAGAUUUCUUGUCUCUACAAUAUUCAGAUCCAAGUUGUGUGCUUCAACACCAACCAUGGAGAAGAAAACAUGCAUAGCCAUGGUUCCAUGCCCUGGCUUAAGCCACUUGAUCCCACUAGUUGAAUUUGCCAAGACAUUAGUUCAUCAACACCAACACUUCCAUGUCAAAUUCAUCAUUCCCACACUUGGUCCUCCCACACCUUCCACCAAAGCCAUCUUAAACUCUCUCCCAUCAAACAUAAACUUCACCAUUCUCCCCCAAGUCAACCUCCAAGACCUCCCUCCCAACAUCCACAUUGCAACACAAAUGAAACUCACGGUCAAACAUUCCCUCCCUUUUCUCCACCAAGCCUUAACCUCCCUAAAUUCUUGCACACACCUUGUGGCUUUUGUUUGUGACCUUUUCUCAAGCGACGCACUCCAAAUAGCCAAGGAUUUCAACCUCAUGACCUACUUCUUCUCUGCCUCGGGUGCCACUUCACUCUCGUUUUGUCUCACUUUGCCCCAACUUGACAAGAGUAUCACCUCCGAGUUCAUCAUAGACGCCACAAAAAGGGUUAGUUUCCCAGGGUGUGGCGUGCCCUUCCAUGUCAAAGAUCUUCCUGACCCAGUUGUCCUUUGUGGAAGAUCAAGUGAAACAUACAAGGCAUUUCUUCGCGUGUGUCAAAGACUCUCUUUGGUCGAUGGUGUCAUCAUCAACACCUUCGCGGAUUUGGAAGAAGAUGCCCUAAGAGCUAUGGAAGAGAAUGGACGAGAAUUGGAUCUAACAGAAGAGAUUAGUUUUUCACAACAUAUACAUAAUGGUUUACAGUCCGAAUCUCUGUCAAAAGAAAUGUCUAUAUUUAAUACUCCACCGUCCAUCAAACAAAAUGAUCAUGAAAAAACGAUAGAUAUUGAAGAAAGGGAGAAAGCACAAGCAAAAGCAAAUAGCCCUUGUGUUUACUAUUACCCCGUUGGACCAAUAAUUCAAAGCGAGUCAAGGAGUAAGCAAAAUGAAUCAAAGUGUAUUGCGUGGCUAGAAAAUCAGCCUCCAAAGGCGGUCUUGUUUGUCUCUUUCGGAAGUGGUGGGACCCUUUCACUUGACCAACUCAACGAGAUAGCCUUUGGCUUGGAGCUAAGUGGCCACAAGUUUUUGUGGGUUGUGAGGGUUCCAAAUGACGUUUCUUGCUCCGCUUAUUUUGUGAGACAAAAAGAUGACCCAUUAGGGUACAUGCCAUGCGGUUUCUUAGAGAGGGUUAAAGCCAAAGGACAAGGGUUGGUGGUUCCUUCUUGGGCCCCACAAGUUGAAGUGCUUAGACACGAAUCCACGGGGGGGUUUUUGACACAUUGUGGUUGGAGUUCGGUUUUGGAGGGUGUGGUACAUGGUGUGCCAAUGAUUGCGUGGCCUUUAUAUGCCGAGCAAAGGAUGAACGCCACAACCAUAAGUGAUUUGCUCAAAGUGGCUGUCAGGCCUAAGGUUGAUUGUGAAAGUGGCAUAGUGAAAAGAGAAGAAGUUGCAAGAGUGAUCAAGGUGGUGAUGAAAGGGGAUGAUGAGAGCUUGCAAAUGCGCAAAAGAAUCGAAGGCUUUAGUGUUGCUGCUGCUAAUGCGAUUAGUGAACAUGGUUCAUCUACUAUGGCACUCUCUAGUCUAGCAUUCAAGUGGCAAAGUUGUAGUAGGAAAUCCUAAUUAUUGUAAUUACAAAGUCUUAUAUCAAGGAUUAUAAAAUGAGAGUUUCUAUUAAAAUGUAGUAUUUAAUGCAUAUUUUAAUGUAUUUUAGUAAUUUUUUAGAAAAAAAAACAUUAGUUAGUUAUUUUCUUUAGCGAGAGUGUGGUUAAUAAGCUUUUGAGAGUUUAGCAAGAUUUGACAUUAUAUUUAAGAUUUU